AACUUGGCUAUUUGCCCAAUUUUAUUUCGAGAAGAUUCAGGCGUGCUUCCGACUAAGGUUGAAGGCUUAGUUUCUCCACCGAGGGCUAAGAGAAAAAAAGGCUUGCCCAAUGCUUCCGCCAUGAUUUUUGCAAAAGAAGUUUUGCCCACUCCCGGUGGACCAACAAAACAAAAAAUUGGAAAUUUCCGCUCAAUAGAAUGA